AUGGGCCAGUACUGUAUCCGUAAGGGCCGGCCAACUGUGGGGUGCCAGUACAGUCGAAGUACGGCGCCUUUUGUGAGUGUCGGCGUAUGUCAUAAAUUUCCGAUUGGGUUACAGUCCGCGUUACACCUUGACGGCGUACAGUUAAUCUUCAUCAUGGACGACAGUGUUGUGUUGUGUUAUAUGGAUUUUUUGUGCGACGAAUUCACGACCGAUGUGUACCAUAAAAAAAUUAAAACGAUGAUACGGGAAAACAAGAGGAGAAUAUAUAUCGAUAUAGGCGACGUACGUAAGUACAACAUUGUUAGAGCAAAUGCAUUGUUAAACACUGCUACUUCAAAUUGCACUUAUCCGAGUAGAGAUAAUGAGGGCAAUCUCUUGGAGACUGAGUUUGGCAUAUCAAUGUUUAAAGAUCGGCAGUCCUUGAUUAUUCAAGAGUCCACUGAAAACAGCCCAGCCGGGCAAGGUGUCCGGUCUGCUGAUGUGGUAGUUGAGCAUGAUUUGGUGGAUAUGUGCAAACCGGGUGACAGGGUAAUGAUUAUUGGUCAUUAUCGUUCUUUUCUGCCACCAAAAGGCAGCAUUUUUUUUAAAACAAUGCUUAUUGCCAACAACAUUGUUUUAAAAAAUGCAAAUUUUUCGGUUGACCGGUCCGACUUCACCAAGUGUAGGGACCUAGCAAACACAGAAAAAUAUAAUAUAUUUGAUUUAUUGGCUAAUUCAAUAGCCCCCUCCCUCUAUGGCAAUAUACUCGUAAAAAGGGCUAUAGUAUGUUUGUUGUUAGGCGGAGUUGAAAUUACUCUACCCAACAACUCCCGCAUACGUGGAGAUAUCCAUAUUUUAUUAAUUGGGGAUCCAAGUGUGGCAAAAUCACAACUAUUGAGAUGCGUAUUGAAUGUUGCUCCCUUUGUAGUAGGCACUACAGGGAGAGGAUCUACGGGAGUUGGUUUAACUGCAGCCGUCACUACCAACAGAUCAACUGGUGGUCGUCAUUUAGAAGCUGGGGCUAUGGUACUUGCUGACAGAGGUGUGGUGUGUAUUGAUGAAUUUGAUAAAAUGUCAGAUAUUGACAGAGUAACUAUACAUGAAGCUAUGGAGCAAGGGAAAGUGUCUAUUUCAAAAGCUGGUAUACAUGCACAACUCAAUGCCAGAUGCUCUGUUUUAGCCGCUGCUAACCCACUAGGUGGUUAUUAUGAUCGACGUAAAACUCCAAGGGAUAACAUAGGUAUGCAAGAUUCCUUACUAUCUCGGUUUGAUUUAAUGAUGAUCAUGUUGGAUGUACCUGAUCGUGAAAAUGAUAUUCUCAUAAGUGACCAUGUAGUGCGUAUUCAAAGGUACAGAGAUCCAAAAGAAAAAGACGGUGAAGUGUUGCCAUUAAGUUCAGGUGUGGAUGUCCUAACCACAAUAAGUCCUGCAGCAUGUCAACUGGACGACGUGUUUGAAAGGCACAACAAGACACUGCAUGGACCAGUUUGUCAGAAACUUUUAAAAAUUGAUUUUGUUAGGAAAUAUUUGGCCAUUGCUAAGUGCACAAAGCCCCAACUUGACAAUGAGGCUUGUGCACUUGUCACCGAGGAGUACGCGAGGCUCCGGUCACGGGAGGCUGUCAGUGAGGACGCGGAGAGAACCAUGCCUAUAACACCAAGAACAGUUGAAAGCAUGAUUCGGUUAGGAACAGCACAUGCAAAGGCAAGGCUUUCACGAACUGUCGAAAAAGAAGACGUUAAAUUUGCCAUAGAGCUUAUAAACAUUAGUUAUUUUCAAACAAAAAAAUGA